ACCUCACAAAAGACUAAUUUGGCGGGAGUUGUAAAUGAACUAAUUUAUGAUUUUAAAUCAUGUUGGGCACAAAUAUCUUUAAACUUGAAAAUCUUCAUUUAACCAACACAUCAUUGUGUUCACAGCGAGAAACUAAAUCAAGACAGUCGUUCACGGUGGCUGUUGAGGGAAAUAUUGGCUCGGGAAAAUCCACCUUUCUUGACCAUUUCAAGUCGAAUCCAAAUGUGGAGAUUUUUCCAGAGCCUGUGGAGAAAUGGAAAUCUGUUAAAGGAUUCAACAGCUUGGAUCUCAUGUAUAAAGAUGCUGCUCGGUGGAGUUUCGCCUUCCAGUCGUACGUCACACUGACCAUGAUUGAACACCACCAAGCAAUAGAGACACCAGGAAAAGUGAAGAUGAUUGAGAGAUCCAUAUACAGUGCUCGACAUUGUUUCAUUGAGAAUCUGAGCAGAGGAGGUCUGAUGCCGGCUGUUGAUUACAACAUUCUCCUGGAGUGGCAUGACUGGAUUCACAAGAACGCAGACACACACAUCGAUCUCAUUGUCUACCUUAAGGCUCGCCCUGAAAUCUGUCAGGAGAGAAUCAGAAUACGAAACCGACACGAAGAACAAAGUGUUCCACUGGAAUAUUUGCAGACAUUACACAGUCUUCAUGAAGAAUGGUUAAUCGAAAAGAAAGCAGGAGAGUUACCUGCUCCUGUUUUAGUUAUUAAUGCAGAAGUAGACGAGACCGAUUUGAAGAAAACAAUUUCGAAACUUGAACCACAGAUUCUGUGUGGAAUCUCUUCAAAUCAAACAAGUUAACGAAUUCUUAGACAUUUUAACUGAAUUGACACAUACCUCAUCAGAUAUUUAAACUAAACCUCAGAUAUUUUAUUUUAAUACCAUUUUUAAUUAAAUCUGACAUUUGUCAUAUAUAUUUUUACCUGAAACUUCAGGCA